AUGGAGUUCCCCACAGCCAACGUUGCGAAACGUAUAUUGUUUCUCUGCACCCUUGCUAGCUUCCUCGGCGGCUUCUUACUCUACUCUAGCCUCAGCCAAGGCCAUUGGCCCGGCCUAGCCUUUGCAUCCCUCGGCAGCUUAGAGGCCACAAUGAGCAUGGAAUCACCCAUGGAGUACUCAAGCACUCCUCUCCCUUCUCCACCCAACAUGGAGGGACGAGCUCGCGAGUCAUAUAACUUGGAUUUACCUUCUCCAAGUAGUUUUCCAGCGCCUACUUUAGCUGAAAGAUGGUCACCAGCUGAAUUCAGCAUAGAGUCAUCUCCUCAGUCUUUACGGGUAGAGAUGGUACAACCCCCACAAUCCACUAUAGCAUUUUCUCCACAGCCUAGCGUAGUUGAGGAAACUUUACGAAGAUCCAAUGAUAAAUUCUUGUCUCCACAAUUAGUUAGCGUAGCACAGCCGGUGUUCAUGGAGUCUUCACAACAUUUAGCCACCUCAGAGGCAAAUUCAGAGGUGUCUUCACGAUCCACAGAGAGGACUUCUUUGUCGUUGGAUGGCAAGUCGAUAGAACGAAAAUGCAACAUCUUUGAUGGGAGGUGGGUCUAUGAUCCAAAAGCCUACCCACUCUACCACGGGAAGCGGUGUCCGUUCCUUGGUGCCCAAGUGAGUUGCCAGAAGAAUGGAAGGCCGGACUCGGCUUACGAGCAUUGGAGGUGGGAGCCCAAUGGAUGUCGGAUACCAAGGUUUAAUGGGAGUUACGUGCUCGAGAGGCUGAGAGGGAAGCGAGUGGCGAUCAUUGGAGACUCUCUCAAUAGGAAUCAGUGGGAGUCGCUGGCUUGUCUGCUCUAUUCUUCGGUGCGACCGUCACGUGCCUUCAUUAAAUCACAAAGCUCCGACUAUAAGAUCUUCCGAGCUGUGGACUAUGAUUGCUCAGUGGAGUUUUAUUGGAGCCCAUUCCUUGUCGAGCUGAAGGAAAGGGAAGACCAAUCCAAGGUGCUAAGGCUCGGCAAACUCCCAGGAUCGGCCAAGAGUUGGCGAGGGGCAGAUGUCAUGGUUUUCAACACCGGUCACUGGUGGACUCAUCGUGGCAAGAUGCGGCCAUGGAACUAUUACGAGCACGGAGGAGAUCAGUUGGUGGAGGACAUGGAAAGGGAUAAAGCGUUUGAGAUGGGGCUGAGGACUUGGGCUCGUUGGGUUGACCGAAAUGUGGAUCCUAGCAAGACCACUGUGUUCUUCCGCAGUAUCUCUCCAGAGCACAAAAGGGAGAACCUACAUUGGUGCUACAAUCAAACCCAUCCAAUCACCAACGAAACUUACGUGCAGUGGUUUCCAAGGUCCAUGAUAGCUACGGUGGAAAAAACUCUCACAAAGAUGAGGACGCCGGUUAGGUAUUUGAACAUUACACGGCUAUCAGAGUAUAGGAGAGAUGCUCACGCGGCGGUGUACACCAUGAGGAGAGGGAAGCUUCUCACUCCGGAACAGCGAGACCAACCUCAAACUUACGCUGACUGCAGCCACUGGUGCCUUCCAGGACUCCCUGAUACUUGGAACGUUCUUCUUUUGGCCUCGAUCGUUGGAAGUCCCUCUACUGUUAUGUAGUUCUUAUAACCAAAGCUCCAACUUUCUUUUCUUUCUUUUUCUAUGAAAGCAAAA